ACCCCUCUUACAGCCUCCCUGGUGGUUUCAUCCUCUCUGUGAGCAUCCAGACGUGGAGUUUUUCUCUCUUGUCUUGUGGCUUCCGAGGGAUCCAUGUCGUUUUCCCUGCUUGUCUCUGGGGGAUGACAAGAGGGUGCAGGGGAUCUUGGGACUCACUUCACCUCCGUGGAGCUUGUGUUGCUGCUUGGCAGGAUUCUGUCUGCUUGGGGACGUGGAAAACUUCGAACACAAGACCAAGAGACCACAGCAGUUUAGAUGGACUAAGCUGAUUUUAUCAGCAGCUGCUCCCAAACAAGAUUGAAAGGAAAUGUCCUUGUUUAAGGCCCGUGACUGGUGGUCUACUGUGCUGGGAGAAAAAGAGGAAUUUGAUCAGGGCUGCUUGUGCUUGGCUGAUGUCGACAACAGUGGAAACGGACAAGAUAAAAUCAUUGUGGGUAGCUUCAUGGGAUACCUGAGAAUCUUUAAUCCCCAUUCUGUUAAAACCGGAGGCCCUCAGGCUGAAGAUUUACUUCUAGAAGUGCAUCUGCGGGACCCAGUGCUGCAGGUGGAAGUUGGGAAGUUUGUCUCAGGGACCGAGGUGCUUCAUUUGGCUGUGCUGCACCCCCGGAAGCUCUGUGUCUAUUCUGUCUCAGGGACACUGGGUAAUGUGGAGCAUGGAAACCAAUAUCAGAUAAAGUUAAUGUAUGAGCACCAUCUUCAGAGGACGGCCUGCAAUAUGACUUACGGGCCCUUUGGUGGCAUAAAAGGUCGGGAUUUAGUUUGUAUCCAGUCUAUGGAUGGGAUGCUGAUGGUGUUUGAGCAGGAAAGCUAUGCGUUUGGGAGAUUUCUCCCUGGUUUUCUUCUGCCUGGCCCUCUUGCUUACAGUCCCCGCACGGACUCCUUCAUAACUGUCUCUUCUUGCAGACAAGUGGAAGGUUACAAGUACCAAGUGCUUGCCUUUGCCACGGAUGCAGAAAAGAAGCAGGAGAUGGAACAGCAAAAACUUGGGUCUGGAAAACGACUAGUUGUAGACUGGACUCUGAAUAUUGGCGAGCAAGCCCUUGAUAUCCAUAUCAUGCCUUUUAACCAGUCUGCAUCUUCUGUUUUUGUUCUUGGUGAGAGAAACUUCUUUUGCCUAAAAGAUAAUGGGCAGAUUCGAUUCAUGAAGAAGCUCAACUAUAACCCCAGUUGUUUUCUCCCGUACUGCUCAGUUUCUGAAGGUACGAUCAAUACUUUGAUUGGAAACCAUAACCACAUGCUGCAUAUUUACCAGGAUGUGGCACUGAAGUGGGCCACACAGCUUCCCCACGUCCCCGUAGCCGUCAGAGUGGGCUGUUUGCAAGAUUUGAAGGGAGUGAUAGUGACCCUUAGUGAUGAUGGUCACCUGCAGUGUUCAUAUCUGGGGACAGACCCUUCUUUGUUCCAAGCUCCAAAAGUUGAAUCACGAGAGCUCAACUAUGAUGAACUUGAUGUAGAAUUAAAAGAACUUCAGAAAAUCAUCAAAGAUGUAGAGUCGCAAGGUGUUUGGCCCUUGACUGAACAGGAGGAUGACUUGAAAGUCUCUGCUGUGGUGUCUUCGACCCUGGAUUCUGUGUCUCAAGCCACCAAUGUGGAAACUGGAGCCGAUUCUGUCCCGUCCAUCACAAUGAAGAUUACCCUGCAGAACCGAGUGGUGUUGCAAAAGGUCAAGCUGUCCGUCUAUGUGCAGCCUCCACUGCAGUUGACCAGUGAUCAGUUCACCUUUGACUUUACGGUACCAGAUAUGACCAGCACAGUAGCAUUUUCUGUGUACCUGAAGAGAAGUUACACACCAUCUGAAUUAGAAGGAAAUGCUGUUGUUUCGUACUCCAGACCAACAGGUAUUCCUCGGGUUAUCCAAUGUAAAUUUAGACUUCCUCUGAAACUAAUUUGCCUACCUGGUCAGCCUUCAAAAACUGCCAGCCACAAACUAACUAUUGACACCAACAAAUCUCCUGUCAGUCUGCUUGGCCUCUUCCCAGACUUUGCCAACCCAUCAGACGAUGACCAGGUGAAUGUAAUGGGCUUCCGUCUCCUACGAGGCUCUCAAGUGACUGUUCUCGCUUCCAGAACUUCCCAACGAUACCGCAUUCAGAGCGAACAGUUUGAAGAUCUCUGGCUCAUAACCAAUGAACUCAUCCUCCGCCUUCAGGAACAUUUUGAAAAACAGGGAACCAAAGACUUUGCCUGCUCUUUUUCUGGAUGUGUGCCCCUUCAAGAGUAUUUUCAGUUGAUUGAUCAUCAUUUUGAGUUGCGGAUAAAUGGUAAAAAAUUGGAAGAGCUUUUGUCUGAGAGAGCUAUACAAUUUCGAGCCAUCCAACGUCGGCUUCUGGCAAGAUACAGAGACAAGACCCCUGCUCCACUGCAGAACCUGGACACCCUGCUAGACGGGACAUACAAGCAGGUGAUUGCUCUAGCAGAUGCGAUUGAGGAAAACCAAGACAAGCUGCUACAGUCAUUCGCCAGCCUGAAGAGUGCCACCCAUUUGCUGAUCCUACUAAUCAGACUGUGGCAGAGGUUGAGCGCUGACCAGACUGCUAUUCUGGAAGCAGCGUUGUUGCCACUACAGGAAGACACGCAGGAACUGGGCUGGGAAGAAACUGCGGAUGCUGCCGUUGUCCACCUUUUGAAAACCUGCCUGUCAAAGAGUUCCAAGGAGCAGGCUUUGAACCUCAGCAGCCAACUGAGCAUGCCCAAGGAUACCAGCCGGCUGAAGAAGCACAUUACCCUGCUGUGUGAUAGGCUGGCUAAAGGUGGACGGCUCUGUGUGAGCACAGAUGCUGCUGCCCAGCAGGCCACGGUUAUGCCAGGUGGCUGUACUCCAAUCCCAGAAUCAGACCUAGAGGGAAGGUCGCUAGACGACUCCACAGCGUUUACCAACCACGAGCACCUCGUUGCUGAGCCCCCCGUGCCUGAAGUCUCAGCCCUCCAAGGAGUUUUAGAAUAG